CAGGGCGAAGGUGAAGUCGGAUGCCUGGCUCCAAAAGAAGGAGCAAGAGGCUGAAGAAGCAGAAGCUGCUCGGCUCAAGGCUUUGAAGGCCCAGGAGUGGGACGACAUCCCCGACACCAAGCCUGGAGGUGAAGCGGAAGGCUUCAGCCCAGAGCUCGAGCCACUCGAUGAUUUCGAGGAGGAGGAGACUGGCAUUUAUAGUCCAGUUCUCGAACCUCUUAGCAAGUACGACCCAGAUGAGCUGCUGGAUCCAGAUGAGGACUUGCGAGUGUUGCAGCAGGUCCGAAACACCAUCAUUGAAGCCUUCGGUGGCAGCGCCACCACGGCCUCGCAGCCCUUGGUCGACCGUUCCCGUGAUGACGAGCUCUUCAACGCGGAGAUGGCCAAGGGCAUGGCCUCUGGUGAGACAUCGUUCAAUGCUAUGGGAAAGGGUGACGCGAGCGAAUUCCACGGGGAGGUGCUCUUGGACAAGAAGCGCUACGAGUGGGAAGACAAGUACAAGCCCAGAAAGCCGCGAUUCUUCAAUCGAGUGAAGACGGGCUUUGAAUGGAACAAGUACAACCAGACCCACUACGAUCACGACAACCCUCCUCCCAAGAUUGUGCAAGGCUACAAGUUCAACAUCUUCUACCCAGACUUGAUCGACAAGACCAAGGCGCCCACCUACCACGUGGAGAAGUCUGACACUGCGGACACGGUCAUGCUCCGCUUCAGUGCGGGGCCUCCAUACGAGGACGUGGCCUUUAAGAUCGUGAACCGUGAGUGGAAUUUGUCCCAUAAGUUCGGCUUCCGGGUGGUCUUCGACCGCGGUGUCCUGCAGCUCUACUUCAACGUCAAGCGUUGGCGAUACCGACGGUGACUGAUGUUGGCUUGGUCCACGCGAGUGGUGACGAGCCACCAGCGAUGGACGCAAUGUCUCCGAUCACCAGGGUGGGCCAUGGGGUGGCCAUGGGCUGACUCCUGGAUAGGUAG